GUGGACGUACUGUGGUUGAAGAGAGACGUCCGCGUGUCGGACAACGAGGCGCUGUUCCAUGCAUGCCUCAAGAGAGUUCGACCGCUCGUCAUCCUGUACGUGUACGACAGGCUGCUGUGGUCCAGCAACCACCUCCAUGAAUCUCACCUCAAGUUUGUCAACGAGGGCCUGGCGAACUUUGAAGACACUCUCUGCACAAGGUACAAGCUCAACAGAGCGGUAUGCUACAGAGUCGGGCUAGUGGAAGAAGUCUUGGAGGAAAUCCACCGCACGUACAAGGUCGCUUCCGUGUACUCGUCGUGCGAGGUCAUGGAUCGCGCGAUGAGGGAUUGCGUGGAUAGGGCCAGGCAGUGGUCGGAGACCAGAGGAGUGCAGUGGAUCAGCUUCGACCAGACGGGAGUCUCGUCGUCACCUAAGAGGGAUGGAUGGGCUAAGAGGUGGAAAUCCAACAUGCAGCUUCCUAUGAAGCCGAUGCCGGAGGAGAUCCGCGUUCUGAGCGACGGGAGCUUGCAGCAUGGUUCGAUCGUGGAGGAUCCGAAGGAAGUCGGGCUGAAGUACUUCGGUCAGCGUCCUGAAGCGCAGAAGGGAGGGGAGGAUGAAGCGAAGAAGCUGCUGGCGUCGUUCUUGAGCUCGAGAGGGAUGAUGUACAGUAAGGAGCUCUCGUCCCCUGUCACGGCAUGGGAGGGAUGUAGUAGGUUGUCAACGUACCUCUCCUGGGGUCACCUUUCCCUGCGGACUGUCUUUCAGGCUCAAGGAGGCAACGUCGGGCCCUGGCUCAAGUCACUCUCUGCCUUCGGGGCAAGGUUGCGAUGGCGAUCGCACUUCAUGCAGAAGCUCUACGACGAGCCUUCGAUUGAGGACGUGAACAUGUGCCGAGCAUACGACCAGCUGUAUGAAGGGACUUUCGAUGAAGCAAGAUUCUCAGCUUGGGUCGAGGGCCGGACUGGCUACCCAAUGGUGGACGCGUGCAUGCGAGCGCUGCACGCUAGCGGGUGGAUCAACUUCAGGAUGCGGGCGAUGCUGGUCUCGUUUGCUUGCUACUUCCUGUGGCUGGACUGGCGGAGGCUGACGCCUGCUAUGGCGAGGCUGUUCCUUGACUACGAGCCCGGCAUUCACUUCCCUCAGUUCCAGAUGCAGGCGGGGACGACGGGGAUCAACGCCAACCGCAUCUACUCCCCUGCGAAGCAGGUGAUGGACCACGACCCUCACGGAGUCUUCAUCCGCAAGUACGUCCCCGAGCUCGAGAUGGUACCGGACAAGUUCAUCGCCGAGCCCGACAAGAUGCCUGAGGCCCUCCAGAAGGCCAUCGGCUGUGAGAUCGGAAAGGACUAUCCUGCUCCCAUCGUCGACUACAAGGCCUCGUAUGCAGAAGCGAGGAGGAAGCUGGCGACCAUUCGG